AUGGCGCCAAGCCUAGCCACCACGGCGCUCUUCCUCGCCGCCCUCCUCGUCGUCUCCUCCUCCCCAGCGGCGGCGGCGAGGUCGAGCAGCAAGCACGCCAUCCCGAUGGCGUCGUCGUCUGACGGCAAACCUUCAGCGGCGGCCACGACGCACGACAUCCCGGCCGUGUUCGCCUUCGGCGACUCGACGCUGGACCCGGGCAACAACAACCGGCUCCUGACGCUGGUGCGCGCCGACCACGCGCCCUACGGCCGCGCCUUCCCCGCCGGCGUGGCCCCCUCGGGCCGCUUCUCCGACGGCAAGCUCAUCACCGACUACAUCGUCGCCGCGCUCGGCAUCAAGGACCUCCUCCCGGCGUACCACGACCAUGGGCUCACCCACGCCAACGCCACCACGGGGGUCAGCUUCGCCUCCGGAGGGUCCGGCCUGGACGACCUCACCGCGCACGAAGCGCUGGUGUCGACGUUCGAGUCGCAGAUCAGCGACUUCCAGCAGCUGCUCUCCCGGAUCGGCGAGCCCCAGGCCUCCGACAUCGCCGGCAAGUCGCUCUUCAUCCUCUCCGCGGGCACCAAUGACGUCACCAUGAACUACUACAUGAUGCCGUUCCGCGCCCUCAACUACCCCACCAUCGACGGCUACCACGACUACCUCAUCACCAAGUUCCAGUCCUACAUCCAGAGCCUGUACAAGCUGGGCGCCCGCAGGUUCAUCGUGGCGGGGAUGCCGCCGGUGGGGUGCCUGCCGGUGAUGAAGAGCCUGAGGGGGCAGCAGCCGCCGCUCUCGUCGGGGCACGGCUGCGUGGAGCUGCAGAACCAGGAGACGCAGAGGUACAACGCCAAGCUGCAGAAGGCGCUGGCGCAGCUGGAGGCCAACUCCACGGGCGCCACCGUCUCGUACGUCGACAACUACACGCCGCUCCUGGACAUGGUCACGCACCCGGACAAGUACGGCUUCACCCAGACGGGUCUCGGCUGCUGCGGGACCGGGAUGAUGGAGAUGGGGGCGCUCUGCACCAGCCUGCUCCCGCAGUGCAAGUCGCCGGAGCACUACAUGUUCUUCGACUCCGUGCACCCCACGCAGGCCACCUACAAGGCCAUGGCCGACCAGAUCAUCAAGGCCCACAUCUCCUAG